CGCAUAGGGGUUUGUGUGUCUGAGUCAUCAACGGCAAAACGGGUGUGAUAAGUUACUCAUUGCAUUACUUGCCAGAACCAAGUCUGAAUUAAGUUUGUCUAAAUUUGAGCAUUUAUAUGGUGAUGAUGGAAGUGAACCAUUAUUAAGCAAGACAGUUAAAAUCCUGAUAGUGAGGGACAGUAUAAUUUCUACUCAAGUCUCAGCCCUACGCACCAAAGAGCAAUGGAAGUCCUGAUUGCCAUUCAGCCGAACCUUGUGACACGCUUCAAUGGCCUCCAGUGUCUCCAGGGAGAUGAAAUUCUGCCUUGCACUCGGGCAUACACCAAUGGAAUCCUGCGCUGCUUCCAGUUUUAUUGCACCUAAAGGAUUCCCACAGAGCAUCUGGGUCUGUCAGGUUUUCAAGCUGUUGCACGACUUGGCAGAAUGACCGCUGAUAUGAAGGAGCGAAAGUCUGAAAGUCUUUUCUCCUUCAAACGGAGCAACAACCGAUAUUCGUUGCAUCUAGAAAAAAACUCAAAAAAGGAUGAUGUUCAGCUUAAAAGAGCAUCCUGGUCAUCUUUUCCUCUCCUUAAAUUUGCUUCAUUUGACGACAAAAGUUCCCGAAAUUUGACAAAUGUUAAAAGUCAAAGCAGUGAAGACAUUAAGCGCCAGCAGAAUAUUAGCACACCUAAAAUCGGAUGUAGCUUCCUCCGAGGAUCGAAUGCAAGCAUAAGAAGUGUAAUUUCCAAUUCUUCGUCUUCUUCAUCCUCGACGUCAAGUCCAAGCAUGAGUUCAGGCUCGAGUGGAAAGAGUUCCAUCACCAGUAUUCUGGAAGGAUCUGUUUCUGAUAGCCACUAUGAUUCGUGUAGCACUGUAGAGGAUGUCCCUUAUCUCGGUGUCCAACCACAGCCGCUCCUCCACAGAGAUAGUCUCUCAAGAAGCACUAGCGAUGUUAUCCCAUUUGUCAGGCACAGCCACAUUUUCAGGGAGGAGAGAGGAGCAUCAUCUUCUGUACCAUCAUUAUUUCAAGAAGAAGUAUCCGUUACUUCUCCUAAAAUAAUAUAUGCCCAUAAAAAGACUCCAGAUGUUAAAAGAAAAUUGAGAAAACAGCUUGUACAAGAACUUGAAUUUGUGAAAAGGAACGGAUCUUUGCCUGAGAAUUUAGAAGUGAUCCAAUCAAAAUUAUGUAACGAAAAGGAGAACGUCAUCCCAAGGAGCAGUUCUCAAAAACAUGUAACGAAACCAAAAUCAAGUUUUAGAUUUAUGCAAAGCUAUAAAUUCUUAAGUAAAUUAGAGAAUAAAGGUAACAAGAAAUCAAGGAUGCAAAAAGAUAAACGGAUAGAAAUGACUGAGUCAUCAGCCCCAUAUCAGGGGGAGCCGGACGUGAGGGAGAACCCCGGAGAUAACCUUAAGGCUGCGCUCUUCGAAAAUCUCACGUCCUCUCACAGCAGUCUCCUUGAUGCGUGUGAGGAUCCCAGCACUGAAACUGUGCCUUACUCUGUCAGCGCAUUUCUCGCCAGUGAUCUUGUUGGCUUUGAAGAGGGUGAUAUUAAUUUUGGGGUUAUAAAUGAGAUUAUAGAAGAAGAAGAUAGUGAAUGUGAUUUGAGUGAAUUUAUGACAUAUGCAGAAGAAAGCUAUCGAUUUGAACGCCGACUCGAAGACAAAUUAGAAAUGCUUGAGUACAGGGAGGAAUCCAACGACAAGAAAAACAGCGAAGGAGAAACAAGUGAAAGAAAUGUCAUAGGGAAUGGAAAUAUACAAAAUCUUGUAAAGAGAACAGAAAUGAAGCUCAAUCUUGUUAAGCCUCACAGCAAGCCCUUGAAUCAGGUCUACAGAUCGCGGCUCCUACGUCACAUAUCCGAGGAGCCAGACAGCGGAGCCAGCGGAGGGGAGGAAGAGGUCGAGCUACGGUCUUCUCCGCGGACUCCAGGCACGCCAAGGAGCCCGGGAAUCGACAUUGAUGAUGUGUUCAAGCAGAAACAAAAAGAAAUCGAAGAUGGUAACAAGGAUGACAUGUCUCGAGUCCGAGAUCUUACUGCGAGGCUGAAGUUAGCUACGCGACGACCGUCCUAUCUUGACUGGCUGAAUUCUGUUCAAAAUCGCAGUAAGGAGAUUGGAAGGGUGUUGGAGCUACAUCCACCUAGAGUCUUAGAGGAAGGUGUUCUUGAGGAAGAGAUCACAGAUGAAUCAAGAAAAAAAAAUCUGAAAAGUGCACUGAAUUGGUUGAAGACGGAACUGCAAGAAAUGCGACAACAAGAUCAGCAGUUGGCAAGGCAGUUGAUGCAAUUAAGGAUAGAAUUGCAGAGAGUUCGGCUUCUGCGUUCAUGUAAUAAUCAUCAAGCACUUGUAGACGAAGUCAGGAAUGAAGCAGAGGAAGCCAGGACGUUUGAAUCAUCGGAUCUCUGUGAUGUGCCUCAAGACCUCAGAGAGGCGUUUUCACCAGUGCUUCGAGAAAUAGGUGUAACGAGGAUGAACAUCACAAGUCGUCGAUUCUCUCUACGGUGAAUGACUUUUUCAUGCUGUAAAUUUCUUUUGUAUAGUAAUACAUCAGUGAAUAUAAAUGCACUUCUAGCACGUGCAUAUGUACAACAGAUAAUUUCCGAUAAUUGUCAAAUGACAUUGUCACCUGUGUCAGGAUAUGCAGCAUGUUUAAGAUGUUUUAGGAAUUAAGUUAUAUUUCUAUCAAAUUAUAAACACAAACAUAAAAACAUGCAACCUUCUUGUCAGAUGAAAAGUUAAGAUACAGUUGUGAUUCCUUGAGAAGUGAAUUUUCUCUGAUUAUGAUUAAUUCAGUCAAAAUAGGUCCAAAACACAAGUAUUGCAAGAAACUUAUUUUGUCACUUUGCUUUUGUAUAAAGUUCCCUUUAAAAAAUAUUGACAGACCCAAGUAUGGGUGGAAAAUUUGUUUAACUGAGAAAAUAUCAAAAGGAUGGCUUAAAUGCAUGGGUAUUUAACAGUAAUUACACUUCCCAUGCACCCUGAUGUAAUAAAUGUAAUGAUUAAAAUUUCCCUUAAUUUUGAAUGACACUUCACUGCAAUAUGGUCAAGUUUAAAAAAAUUGU